GACUUCCUGAUCAACAUCCCAAACAACAACAUCACUUCAGCAAGCCGUCAUACUUUUCCUGGUCCUCGACCUAAUAACUUCUCUUCUGCUCUGUGCAUAUUUUCGUUUCUUUUGAACAAAUUCACCUUCCUCUUCAAUGUCGCACACAAUCUUGCAGUCUCCACUGCUCAGUUUACCACUCGAGCUCCGGCUAGCUAUUUACGAUUAUGCCCUUUCGGCGCCUACUGCCAUCAGUAUUACAACCACGAUCGUCGACGAUACCGAUGCACAAGUCGUUGCUGAACAGAAGGAGUCGAUACCUGGUCUUCCAAGAAAUCAUGUACCACAUCUCUGUUAUUACACCGAUGCAGCUUCAACCCGCACCGUCUCCACCCUCGAGCCCGACAAUAGUAAAACACCUCCUGGUCUGUCCCAAUCGAAGCAUCAUAUAGACCACAGCAGCGACAGCGAUGAAGGUCCUCGACCUAGAAAACGUGCGAGACGCGCCCCUCCAGGAACUGGGCAAGAUGAGACACAAACUCCAUACCUGCCGUACCUAGCAUUUGGUCUAUUUCAAGUCAAUCGCCAGAUCAAUCAAGAAUUGACGCGCCACUUAACAAAACGGCGCAUACAGGAUGUGGCCACAUCAUUCUCAUUCUCUCACAGUGCUGAUGCAGCGUCUCACUCUGCAGCCUCAGAGUCUCAACGAUCAGCAUCUACAGGCACCACAGACGAAUCACCUACCUCGAGUCGUUGCUCCUCUCCAGACAGCAGAUCAUCAUACUCCUACGAAUCCCCAAUCGUCUCCUCUGAUACUGGUAUCCGUCUUCAUGUCACCUAUCCAUACGGUAUACUCAUUCUUAAGCACAAAUAUCCCGACCUUAUAACACAAGCAAGGGAGAUAUCAAUCACGGGCUACCACGUCACCCACGCAAUCCAGGCGACUACAAGGCCUACAUCGAGUUGCCCCCGAUCCAUCAUACGGCCUCCGAUGAGCAAAGAGACCUGGGACGCAGCGAAAACUGCAUUAGCCGAGAUCACGCGCAAGGUGCUCAGCCCAAAACCGUCGCCGUUACUAAAGACUUUGAACUUACGUUUCUUGAUACCGGGCGAGAGCUCCUACCGAGAGAUGUGGGAGGACGGAUCUCCGGUCGGGAUUGUGCUAUAUAACACAUGUGGUGGGAAUAUUAAUAUGAUGAUCAGCAGGGGAUCAAUCGGGAGCGCGUUGAUCAUGAGUGUCCGUCCGCUUCCAAGAAGUCGAAGUUUAUCAAGUAGGCAUGGGUCGUUCAAUCCAGAUGAUGAUUGGACGAAACUUGAUUCCCCGGCAAGAUUUGAAGAGCAAUCUUUGGCGUUUUCGAUAUGAGGAUACCUUUCAUAGUUGAAAGAGCGUCACACGGGACAUGCGCCACUCAGUGCUGGACG